AUGUCUAACACUAUGGCUCCGAAAAACUCAGCUAUCUUCCUCCUUGGGCUUCUUCUCUUAUGUGUGGCCAUGAGUAGUGCGGCGAGAAUCCUUGAGGAGACCGUUCUGUCCCAGGAAGAGCACCAGACCGAGGUGCCACAGAUUCCCAAGGUAGAGCUUCCAUCGUUCCCGGAAGUACACCUUCCACCUAAGCCUGAGCUUCCCAAAGUGGAGUUGCCGCCGGUCCCGGAGGUGCACUUGCCACCCAAGCCUGAGCUUCCCAAGGUGGAGCUGCCACCGGUCCCUGAGGUGCACUUGCCACCCAAGCCUGAGCUGCCCAAGGUGGAGCUGCCACCGGUCCCUGAGGUGCACUUGCCACCCAAGCCUGAGCUGCCCAAGGUGGAGCUGCCGACGUUCCCGGAGGUUCACUUGCCACCCAAGCCGGAGAUGCCCAAGGUGGAGCUCCCGCCGAAGCCCGAGAUGCCAAAGGUGGAGUUGCCGACGUUCCCGGAGGUUCACUUGCCACCCAAGCCGGAGAUGCCCAAGGUGGAGCUCCCGCCGAAGCCCGAGAUGCCAAAGGUGGAGCUUCCACCAAAGCCCGAGAUGCCCACUGUUCCCGUGUUCCACUUCCCAAAGCCAGAGGCCAAGCCAUGA